ACAGGCAGACGUGGUGCUGGAGACGUAGCUGAGAGUUCUAGAUACCGAAAGAGACACUGGCCUUGGCACGGGUUUUUGAAACCUCAAAGCCCACCCACCAUGACACACUUCCUCCAACAAGGUCACCCCUCCUAGUCCUUCUCCUUUCCAACAGUGCCACUCCCUGGUGACUAAGCAUUCAAAUGUAUGCGCCUAUGGGGGCCAUUCUUAUUCAAAAACCACAGGAGGUUCAUGGCUUGGCAGGAGGCAGAGUUGGGGCUUGGGCAACCUGACCUGAGGUACAGGAGCUGAAGAAGGUGAAUGCCCACUACUUGGAAGACUUCCAUGCACACUUCCGCCUGCCCAAGUAGACUGUCAGACCAGUCCAUCCAGCUCCCCUGGCUUAGUUCUGGGGAGUGCCUAUAGUGUGGCUGGGCGGAGAGGGGAUUUAGGGCAGAGGUUGGGUCAGCUUUGGGCAACAUGAACCUGGAAAGGGAUACCACUGGGAACACAGUACACAUACACACUGCCUAGGCAGCCAUGGGAAGAACAGUCUCAGCCGAGGGGUGGAGGACACAUAAGCAGACAGAACGGCCCACAUCACAACAGUGGGUACUUGCAAACAUACUUAGGAGGCUUCACCUGCCCUCACCUCAUUUGCUCCACACCCCAAGUAUCUUAAGUUCAGAGAUGAUGACAGUAUCCGACCACACCCAUUCCCAGGAUGUCUGGCUGUGUGAUAAUCCUGGGGCCUAGACCAGCCCCUGACCCUGCUAGAGCCUCCUCAGAAUGACCUAAAACUGCUCUGGGCCCCUCCCCCAGAUAAGGGGGCAGGCAGUUGGGUUAAAGACCUUCCUCCUCUUUAUAGUCCACUAUCUCCAUGGGUACUGGUGGGCAGAGCCAAUCUUGCCAUACUACUUGACUCCAGCAGCCUGGGCAGCAACCCUUCAUCAUAAGCCCAUGCUAGGCUACUUCUGUGAUUUCCCCAGCCAACCACUGGCGCAUGCUCAGACACGCAUGCACGUAUGUGCCUACGCCACCACGCCUGUCUGUAGGCCCGCCUGUGGGCCCGCCCGGGGCCUGAUUCUAGGUCAGGUCUGGGCACACCUUCACUGGAAGAGUGGUGGCGGGUGACGCUGGUAGGAACACCAUGGCUGGGGGAGUGUGGGGCCGGGGCCGGGAUGGCCCUGUGGGGUCCCUAACUCUUACAGCCCUAGCUGAAGGGAUCCGGGCUAACCAGGGGCAGCCUGGGGGACCCCCUUCCACAGGCCCUCAGGCUGAGCCCCCGGAGCUCGGGCCUGAGGCUGAGAUCUACUCUCAAACACUCACCCCUGCCUUUGAGGCCCAGCCUGGGCAUGAAGUGGCUGCCCCCGCAGCUGGCAGUGAGAACUCUUCCCCACACGAUGCCCAGGAGCCAGCCCCCGAGAGACCCUACCCGGCCUCCCAGUAUUCCCGGGAGGAAGGAGCCCUUGCAGACCUUGCUUUGUAUACGGCUGCCUGUCUGGAGGAGGCUGGCUAUGCGGGAACCCAGGCGACAGCCCUCACUCUGUCCUCAGCCCUGGAAGCCCGGGGGCAACGACUGGAGGACCAGGUCCACGGUCUGGUGCGUGGGCUGCUGGCACAGGUGCCUAGCCUGGCAGAGGGGAGACCCCGGCGGGCAGCCCUACGGGUGCUGAGCGCACUGGCCCUGGAGCAUGCGCAGGAUGUGGUGUGUGCGCUGCUCCCCAGUUCUCUGCCCCCGGACCGGGCAGCCGCUGAGCUGUGGCGAAGCCUAAGCCGGAACCAGCGUGUCAAUGGCCAGGUGCUGGUGCAACUGCUGUGGGCGCUGAAGGGCGCAGCGGGGCCCGAGCCCGAGGCACUGGCGGCCACACGCGCUCUUGGGGAGAUGUUGGCAGUCUCUGGCUGCGUGGGAGCCACUCGAGGUUUCUACCCUCACCUGCUGUUAGCCCUGGUCACACAGCUGCAUGAGCUGGCUCAAGGUGUCCGGUCCCCUGACAGCCCUAAGGUUUGGGAGCCUUUCCACCGAGGGCCGCCUCACAGCCACGCCAGCUGCACCGUGGAGGCCCUGAAGGCCCUGCUCACGGGGGAUGGUGGCCGAAUGGUGGUCACAUGCAUGGAGCAAGCAGGAGGCUGGAGGAGACUGGUAGGAGCCCACACGCACCUGGAGGGCGUCCUGCUGCUGGCCAGUGCCAUGGUGGCGCAUGCCGAUCACCACCUGCGAGGCCUUUUUGCAGACUUGCUUCCUCGGCUACGAAGUUCCAAUGACCCGCAGCGCCUCACAGCUAUGGCCUUCUUUACUGGGCUGUUGCAGAGCCGGCCCACUGCACGGCUCUUACGGGAGGAAGUCAUCCUGGAGCGGCUUCGAACUUGGCAAGGCGACCCGGAGCCCACCGUGCGCUGGCUGGGCCUACUUGGUCUUGGCCACCUGGCAAUGAAUCGUGGGAAGAUUAGGCAUGUGAACACGCUGCUGCCGGUACUCCUUAGAGCGCUGGGCGAAGGCGAUGCGCGGCUCGUGGGUGCCGCUCUAGGCGCACUCCGGAAACUCCUCCUGCAGCCCGGAGCACCGGUGAGGCUCCUCAGCUCGGAGCUGCGACCACGCCUCCCACCGCUACUGGACGAUGCUCGGGACUCGGUCCGUGCUUCAGCGGUGGGACUUCUUGGAACGCUGGUGCGGCGGGGUCAGAGAGGGCUCCGGUUGGGGCUUCGGGGACCCCUUCGGAAGCUGGUGCUGCAGAGUCUGGUGCCGUUACUGCUGCGCCUACACGACUCCAGCCGGGACGCCGCUGAGAGCUCAGAGUGGACUUUAGCUCGCUGUGACCAGGCCCUUCGAUGGGGCCUGCUGGAGGAGAUGGUCACUGUGGCUCACUACGACAGCCCCGAGGCUCUCAGCCGUGUCUGCCACCGCCUGGUUCAGCGAUAUCCGAGCCAUGUUAAGCAUUUCCUGAGUCAGACCCAGGGCUACCUGCGGAGCCCCCAGGACACCUUGCGCCGGGCAGCCACUGUGCUCAUAGGCUUCCUCGUCUAUCAUGCUAGCCCCAGUGGAGUCAGUCAGGACCUGUUGGACUCUCUGUUCCAGGACCUAGGACAGCUGCAGGGCGACCCGGAGUCCGCGGUUUCCGCGGCAGCGCACGUGUCUGCCCAGCAGGUGGCGCUGCUUGCCCGGGCGCAGGUCCGACCACGCCGCUCCAGCCUCUUACGCUUCAUCCGCCGUCGCUCACACCCUACAAGGCCCCAUCCACUCUAUGACGAUAGUCCCUUCCUCCGCCGGAGCCUUGCAGGCCGCUGGAGCUGCCCUGAACCUCGGUGAGCCAGGCCCGGUAUCCAGAUUCAUGGGCACACGCUAUCCAUGCUGUCACCUACAGCAGAUCUGCAGAAGAGGCUCUGUUCGAGUCACCCUGGGCCUGGUGCUGGACGCUGGUGCUCACUGCCCUGAACUACUUUGUAUGGGUCCACAUGUGACAGCUGCGUGGCGGAUGGCACAUUCCAUCCCAAGUCCCUCUUGUAGUGUUAUUUAUUCUCUGCCAGGCCAGUUCUGUCAACUCCCUGGAGUGUGCCCUCUGGCCCAGCUUGGACUUGGCGCCUGUCCUGAAUAGCAGCUGCUUCCCAAGCAAGGGUCUGAUGGAGGCACUGAAGUUGACGCCGCCAUAGGCUGCCCUGCCUGCUUCCUCGGGCUCGGUUUGCCUAACUACAGUUGUUCCUAUCAUGGCUUUCCUAGUUUCGACAGCAGUCUGUCACCCCGGUUUCUUCUUCCAGCCGCUAUUCCUUCCAGCCGUCCUGGGUUGUGUCCCCUGUGUCCUUGAGGUUAUGUCCUCAAGAGGCAUUGACCUGCUCUCCUGUCCACACCUGCUGCCCCUGCUCCUUUGGAUAACCAAUCCAUUUCCUACCCCGCCCAACUCCUGUCGGAACCACCUGUACAAUGGUGUUCUCCAGAAGGUAUCUCUAACAUCCCUUUGGGCUGGAGAGCCCAAGCCAGGAUCGUACCCGUGGGUUGAAGUAUGGCAAGCAGGCACGCCACACCCACCAGACUGUGAAUGGGUAUGCC